GUGAUGGUGUCAUUUCCAAAAUGGAAAGGCAGAUUUUUGCUGUGUGGUUGAUCUUUUCUUCACAGAUACUAUUAGCAGACCCUGCUGGACAACAGAAUGCCAUUGAGAUCUACAGCCUGCAUGUGGACUGCAAAGUUACUUCACGAUUUGCGCAUACAGUCAUCACCAGCAGAGUUGCCAACAGAGCAAAUGAAUCCAAGGAGGCCCUUUUUGAAGUGGAAUUGCCCAAGACGGCCUUCAUCACAAACUUCAGUUUGACCAUUGAUGGGAAAACUUACCCUGGAACAAUAAAGGAAAAGAAAACCGCGCAAGACCAGUAUGAUGCUGCUGUUUCACAAGGGCAAAGUGCUGGACUGGUCCGGUCAACUGGAAGGAAACUAGAACAGUUCCAUGUUUCAGUCAAUGUUGCAGCAGCUGGGAAAGUUACCUUUGAGCUGAUCUAUGAAGAGUUACUCAAACGGAAGCUGGGAAAGUACGAACUGCUGAUCAAGGUCAAGCCCAAGCAGCUGGUGAAACACUUCCAGAUUGACACCCACAUCUUUGAACCCCAAGGCAUAAGUCUCCUGGAAACUGACAGCACUUUUCUAACAAAUGAGCUGAGCGAUGCCCUCACAACGGUGCAGGGGGAGACCAAGGCUCACGUCUCAUUUAAACCAACAAUAACUCAGCAAAGAAAAAGCCCUGACCUGGAGGAAACUUUACUUGAUGGAGAUUUUCUCAUUCGUUAUGAUGUUCAAAGGAGUGUCGCUGCAGGAGAUAUUCAGAUUGUUAACGGAUAUUUUGUACAUUAUUUUGCACCCAGUGAAAUGCCCAUAUUUCCCAAAAAUAUUGUUUUCGUCAUAGAUAAGAGUGGAUCUAUGAGUGGCAACAAAAUUAAGCAGACUAAAGAGGCACUCCAAAAAAUUCUGAAAGACCUUAAUCCUGAAGACCAUUUUAAUUUAAUCCUCUUUAGUGAAAACGUUGCUGAGUGGAAGCCAUCUUUGUUGCCAGCUACAGAAGAGAAUGUGGAGCUGGCUAAACAAUAUGUUGGGACCAUUAGAGCUCAAGGAGCAACCGAUAUCAGUGGUGCUCUCACAACUGCAAUACAUGCACUGGACAAAGCCACCACUGAUGAAUUACUGCCAGAGCAAAGCAUUUCAAUGAUAAUUUUGCUAACAGAUGGUCAACCCACCACUGGCGUUAGAGAUGUUCAUAAGAUUCAAGACAUCAUAAAGCUGGCUAAUAAUGGCAAGUACUUUCUUUACUGCCUUGGCUUUGGCUUUGAUGUCAGCUACACAUUCCUGGAGAAGAUGGCAUUAGAUAAUGGAGGAAUUGCUCGGCGUAUAUAUGAGGAUGCAGAUGCAGCCCUACAACUCCAGAAUUUUUAUCAUGAAGUAGCUACUCCCAUCCUGAAGGGGAUUGAAAUGAAGUAUCUUGACUACGCAGUACAGGAAACCACUCAGAAUAACUUCAAGUUGCUUUUUGCUGGCUCCGAGAUUGUAGUAGCUGGGAAGAUUGGCAAUGAAAUUGAUGCUUUCCCUGUGGAAAUUAAAGCUCAAACACAAAUUAGCAACUUGACUCUUAAAGAGGAAGUAAAUGUAGCAGAAAAGGAAGAAGUGUUUCAGCAUCAGAAAUACAUUUUUGGAAAUUUCAUCGAGAGAUUAUGGGCCUACUUAACUAUACAACAACUGCUAGAAAAAUCUGUUUCAGCAGAGGAAGAUCAGCGGAAAAGCCUAGAAGCUCAAGCUUUGGAAUUCUCUUUGAAGUUCAAUUUUGUUACCCCCCUGACCUCCAUGGUGGUCACCAAGCCUGAUGCUCAAGAGGUGGCAAACAAACCUACAGAAGCAGAUAAUGAGAAUUUCAGGAACGGUGGAGUUUUACUGUCUCACCCUGGGAUUUUCGCACUUAAGAAGGGUUAUCUCAUGGAAGGCUACGUUUCCAGAUCAAAUAUUAAUCCCGAUUCUGACAUAGACUUCAGAUUUUCAGGAGUGCUUGAUAUUAACUCCAAACAUUCCCGCAUAGGAGCACCAGUCAGAAGACUUCGUUUAUUUAAAUCAUCAGAAAGACAAUAUCCACAUUUCAUCUUGCAAUUGCCUGGUGAAAACAGCAUCAUUUGUUUAAAUAUUACUGCACAUUCACCAACACCUUCUCUUCAGUACUUACUAUCGGAUCCAAAUAAAGGGAUCCAAGUGACUGGCCAACUAGGAGAAAAGAAACAAUUUGUGCACUUUGAAAUAGCCUAUCAGAAGGCUGAUGUGAGGAUUAAUGUAUCAAAGGAUCAUAUUGUGCUGUAUGAUAACAGGAAUGCAACCAUGCUCCCAUGGACAACAACUAUAUCUUUCACAGUUCAGGGGUUGAACAUUAUUAUUGAAGAAGAAAAGAGUGUUUCAAUAUCAGGAGCAGACAAUAUCACAAUAAAAAUAUCCUAUGUGAAGUUUCCUGAACGUUUCCUUGGAUUAUACUUCAUAGGCAGUGAAAAUUUUUCAGACCAAGUCACUGGACUUCUUGGUCAGUUUUACUUUAAUUCAUAUUUUGAAAAUCCUACUUAUGGAACACCCAGCACCUGGAGACCAAUUGUUGUCCAAGGACGAAACUAUGACACCACCAGGCAACGCAAGAAAGAUUACAGGGUAGAGUCAUCCAAAGAUACUGUUUCCUGCUGGGCUCUGGAUAUAAGCCCUUGAAUCGUGAAGAAUUCAGAGCACAAUAUUUAAAGCUUAAUUAGAUGGAUUAAUUUAAAAACACAGGGGAACAAAAGCGAUACAACCACAAUAUAUUAUGGUUGUUGUUUUUUUUACAAUAGUUGUGUUUAUGAUAUUUAUUAAUUUUAAAUAGGUGAUAAUUAUUUUUAAAUAUCCUGAAAGCCUUCUCAUGUGAUUCUAUUGUUGUGCAGAACAUAAAAAUGUCUUAAUAUAUAAAUAGAAAUAUACCCUUA